AUUUAGACGAACCGGCCAACACUUCUACUGUUCCACCGCCUUUUGUAUCCAAUCACAUAAACCUUCCCACAACUUCUUUUUCCUUCUUACUAAAACGCCAUUCAUACCCUUUUCCUUCCACCGUCUCUCUAUAGCGAGCAUCGGUCAACUUUCUUCCGCUCGACCUUUUCGUCACCGCUUCCGCCUGUUGUUUCCGAUCAGAAGUCUUCAUGACAACCACCGACGCCGGUCACUACUUUGUGUUCUACAUCCACCGAGCAUCCAAAAUCAAUAUAUAUACAAAAAAGGCUUCAACUUGGCGCUAAACAAAAAAGAAAGAUGAGAAAAAACAGUAGUAGAAGGGACGAUAUUGGAAUCUUCACGCUCAUCGGUAUCGAUCGGACCUUUCAACGGUUUGAAAUUAAUGUUUAAGGAAGCCUCAUAUUUAGUAAAGUAUUUAAGGAGAUAAACAAUUUGUUGAUGUGAUUGAGAAGAAUAUGGAUCGAGACUACUUUAUGACACCACAAGACGCUAAAGAGUUUGGUUUCAUUGAUGAAGUCGUUGAUGAAAGACCAUUAACUUUGGUAACUGGUGGUAUUAGAAGUGAAGGAAAAGGAAAAGUUUCAGAGUACAAUCUGAAUGGGUUCUUGAUUUCUUUAUGUUGCUGUGUGGUGACACGAACAAAAAAAGGAGUGCAGCGCCUCUACCUUUCAAUUUUAUUUGUCGGCUGCUUCAAAUCGACUCUUGCUUUCUCUCUGACAGGGGUUUCUUUGUGCCUUCCCUUCACCUCCGUUGACGUCGUUUUCCAAGCCGAGUCCGGAUAAUCAACAUCAUCCGUAGGUCGAAGUUAUGAAAGAAUAAUUGUCGGAUACAAAAGGCGUUCGAGAGAAAGGGAAGACGAUGGAGGAGGCGGAAAAGAAGCUCGAGGCAGAAGGGGUUAUAAUCAUUCCGUUUGGUAAAAAGUCAACAUGAAACCAGUCAACAAAACUUUAAUUUCAUCUUUUCUAUCUUUUGAUUUCUUUCUUUAGUUUCCUUUUAGUUGCAAUUUUCAACGGCUCUUUCAUUUCCGAUUCUUGCAGUUUUCGAUGGCUGCUUCAAUUGGUUUUCUCAAGAUUACUACAAAACUGAAACCAAUUCGAACAAGAGAAAGGUUGGUUUGUUCAUGUUUUAAGGAAUCUGAGAAAGAAAGGUCUUUAUUGAUGAAGACUUUGAGAUCAAAAAUGCUGCUAUCUUGGCUUUUUCAAGACAAAGUGGUCUCUUUUGUUGGUUCAAAGUAUGAAAAUUUUCUGUACAAGAACUUGGAAAAUAAAACUAGCAAAUUGAGAAAAGAAUUUGAGAAUUUACAGACACUUUUUUCAUAAAGCAUGCAAACGGAAUUGUACACACAGGGUUGUUAUGGAUUUUAAUUAGAGAAGGUGCUGGAGUUUUGCUAUUGGAAGAACUUGACCAUGCUAAGGGAACAUAAACGGCUGAAAGCCUUCCUUUGGUUUCUAUAUUACUUUGACCUGGAUGAAGCUGACUUGAUUGAACGAUUUAUUUCUUAACUGAAACAUUUUUCAUGUAUAUCGUAUGUCUUGUAUUGUAUUGUGUUGUAAAAAGUAAAAUCAUCUCAUUUUUGUUGCAUUUUAUGGUGUCAUGUGACAAAACUGCUACCACAAAGUAUCAGGCUGACCAGAGUAACAAUUUGAGAAGGCAUGGAGACGAAAAAGACCUGAAUGCAUGGCAGUUACAUGCGGAAUCUAUGUUGCAUGCAUGACAACUUAACAGUUUGUGUUAAAUACUUAAUCAAUAACAUUGUUUACAAUGGAAUACCCUUUAACCCCCGCAACGCGGGGGGAAACUUUCCUAGUUAUAUAUAAUUGUAAUAUACCCUUAAUGGUUAUAGUUCUACCCUUAAUGGUUCUAUUGUUUUCAGAAUAAUCCGAUCAUUACGACUCUAGAGUACCACACUCUUACUCAACCGGUAACCCUACCAGUUCUUUCUCAAAAUAAGAUGUUUAAAUAGGGUACCAAGUCCGAAUUUAAGGUUUUCCCAAAACCUGACCAACUCACCGAGUCAGUCCUCUGACUCGUCGAGCAGGUCACUUAAUUCGCGAUCCAAGUCGCGCUCCUACUCGUCGAGUCACCCUAUUUACUCGACAAGUCACUUCCUUAUUUUGAGGUCUUUUCUUUCCUUUCUAGGCCUUCUAAAUUCGGGGUGUUACAUAUGGACUAAUUAUUAAUUGGG